AUUUUUUGAAUUGGGGGGAAAAUGGAAAGACGAUUCUUCUUGGAAAUGUUUACUAUCUUCCCUAAAUGAUGCAUAGAAGAGUGGAUUUUUUAUUUUUUAUUUUUAAAGUGAAGCCCUUAUUUAUUCCCUUAACCCUUUAGUUUUAGUUCUGAGCAGAUAACUUUUUAAAAAACCAAGUGGCUUGAUCCAGAACGCAGAAUGGUAUAUAUAAGCAAAAUUUAUUGAAGGUCGUAGGGUUCCGAAGUAAACAUUAUGGAUCAUAAAAUGAAUGUGUAUAUUUGGGACAUGGAUGAGACUCUGAUAUUACUGAAGUCUUUGAUCAAUGGGACAUAUGCGGAGGCUUUCAAUGGUUUAAAAGAUGUAGAAAAGGGUAUAAAAAUCGGGAAAACGUGGGAGAAUCACAUUCUUCAAGUAUGCGACGAAUAUUUCUUUUAUGAGCAAAUUGAAAACUGCAAUAAGCCUUUUAUUGAUGCCUUAAGCCAGUAUGAUGAUGGGCGAGAUCUCACUGAUUAUGAUUUCAAGCAGGAUGGCUUGGGUCCCCCAUCUGAUGAUAUUAAUAAAAGAAAAUUAGCAUACAGGCACCGGGUUAUAGCUCAAAAGUACAAAAAGGUUCCAAUAAUACAUCCCUUUUAAUCAUGAGAUCAUUUUGUUAUUGCAUACGAUGUCAGCUCUUUUAUGAUAUUCUUACAUUUACUGGGUAACUAUUUCUUAAAAAAUUUGGUCAGGUGCUCUGUCUAUGCAUAGUUUCUGCUAUUGAUCCUCUUUUAUUAUAAUGUUGGUUUGAGUUCAUUGACACUAUUAGGUUAGCUUUACCUGAUGAUAAUGUAAAAGUGGUGGGCCAGUGGCAGUCCUUUCAUAUAUGACUUUCAGAAUGCAGUAAAAAACAGAUGGUUCCACACUUGGAAAGGUGAAAGUUAAAAUCCAAAGAGGAAAGGGAAGCAUUCUUUGGCCUGCAAAGUCAUCCUUUGUAUAUGGCUUAAGUAGUGAUAGCAGCUAUCAACAACUGGAAAAUGGCACAAAUGUGUGCAGUUAUAUCCAUAGGAAUAUAUCUAUUGGGCAUGAAUUGUAACUAGGAUUAACAGUGAAUAAUGUAGAUAUAUAUAGUGUAAACCAUUUGGAACUAAAGAAUGCUUUAAAAAUCCUUAAGCUGGCCAUCCCAAGAAAAUGUACAUUUCUAUGUAUAGGUGCUCAACUUGAAGGCACAAUGGGAAAAAAAGGAGAAAGAAUAGUAAAAAUCUUGGCUCACCCCAGUUUUUUUUCUUUUUUUUCUCUAGUACAUAAGUUUCAUUAUUCUGGUAGCUACAUUAGAAGCAUAGAAGAUAUCUAUCUAAUAUUACAGUUGAGAAGUUGAAUUUUCAACUUAUAAAAGGACAACAACAAUCAAGAUUAAUUCAAUUUUAAUUUACUUUGAUCCAAUGGUACCAAAUUCUUCCCAAAAAAAUUAUCCACUCAAAAACAUUAUAUUCUGUGCAUGCCCCCCAAAGUCAGACAAGUAAACUAACACACUCUCCAAUGCUAAAUAACCUCAUUAAUCCAUACCAAUCUAUCUUUUCUCUCUCUUCUACCUCUCUUAUAUAUUUUUUUUGUUCACUU